UGGUGAACGGCUUCAGGGAUAAACAAACUGAGUUGUGAGGCUGAGGUGUAGGUGAACGGCUUCAGGGAUAAACAAACUGGCUGGUGCCGCCGUCCUCCCGCCAACAUCCUCCAUAUUACUUUCUGCUCUUCACUGGGUAUUAAUAGUAAAAUCUCUAUUAGUUAGCUGCAAUUUACUGAUCCACGAAGAAAGGCGUUAUAUAAAAAAAUACAAUUUAAAAAAAGGAUAAUAUGCCACCAAAGAAAAAAGGGAAAUGGUUUCCACGCCAGAAAAAAGUAAUUCAAGAAAAAAAACAGGCAGAGCUCCGUGUCCAAUUCCCAGUAUCUAGUGGGUCCCAACAUAGAAAAAUAGAGGAUACUCCGGAUACUAGUACUACACAAACACAGACCUGGCCACUGAAAGAUCAGGUGCUAAGUAAACUUUCACGGCCCUGGAAAGGAAAUAAAUCACUCAGCAGUCGAUCAACACUCACCUGGGGGAAGAAAACUCCACUAUUAAACCGAGCAGCACUUACCGGGGAACAAAAUAAACCUUUAUUAAGUCGAUCACAGAAUCGGGGACAGAAUGAUGCUCCAUCUAGUCGAGUAACACAAAGUUGGGAAGAGAAGACUUCUCUGUUAAGUCGAACACAAAAUUGGGGAUAUAAUAAUAAUGCACCAACAAGUCGACUGUCACAAAGUUGGGAAGAGAAUAGUCCACUGUCAAGUCGACCAACACAGAACUGGGGGCAGAAUAGUUAUCCAUCAAGUCGACCAACACAGAACUGGGAAGAUAAUGGUCAGCUGUCAAGUCGAUCAUCACAAAACUGGGAAGACAAUGGUCCACUGUUAAGUCGAUCCACUCUGGCCUGGGGAAGUCAUCCACCAUCAGGUCGAGGAACAUAUGCUUGGGAACAGUCUAGUUCAGCGACUGGUGAACCAUCUUUGACCUGGGAACAGAAUUAUGUAUCACCAAGUCGACAAACACAAAACUGGGCACAGAAUAAUUCAUUGAUAGGUUCACAGACACAAACCUGGGAACAUAAUCGUUUGCUGAUAAGUCGACCACCACCAACUUGGGAAGAAAACAGUCUUCUGGCAAGUCAACCAGUGCAAUCCUGGGUGCAGAAUGAUUCCCUAACAGACCAACCAACAGAAACCUGGGAAGAGAACAGUUUCCUGACAAAUCGACCAAUGCAAACCUGGGGGCAGGAUAGUCUGUCAACAAAUCAAUCAAUGCAUGAUUGGGAACAAGAAAGUCUAACGAGGCACUCACUGCCAACCUGGGAAGAGAGAAAUUUGUUGACAACUAGACAGACCUGGACACAAAAUAACCAGGCAGAUCAUAUCACGAGUACAACAAGGAUGUCCAGAUCUUCUGAUUCACUGAAUUACCAAGAUUGGAGAAAUAAGGACUCACUUGGGAGACAUGGCCUGCCAUCAUCAGACUUUGGUCCUUCUAAACACUUUGGAAUGAGAAUGUUGCAGAAAAUGGGCUGGAUCCCCGGUGAAGGUCUCGGUAAAAACAAGGAGGGAAUGAUUGAACCGCUAAUGCCUGAUGCCAAUGUGGACCCAGAAGGUGUUUAUUGCCCUGGGGGAUGGACACCACAACAAGGAAAACCUGUUCAAAGAAAACCAAGGAAACUUACUGCUAAAGAUCUCUCAGGAAAGCAUCCGGUGUCGGGUCUGAUUGAGUUGUGUACAAAUCGUAACUGGACUGCACCAGUUUUUCAAGUUGUCUCUGACGUUGGCCCAGUUCACAAGAAGACCUUUAUCAUGAAGGUGAUUGUGAAUGGACGAGAAUAUACCUCAAAAGAAGAAGCGCCUUCUAAGAAACUGGCAAGAUCAAAAGCUGCCACAAUAUGUCUUCAAUCCCUUGGACUAUUGCCUAAGAAGAAAUCUUAGUGACUGUAAUAGGUUGGCAACACGGGCUAGGAAGAUUCAAGAACUUUCAUGAAGUGGCAUGUGUGUGACGCUAUAGUACGAUUUAACCAACACUAAUUUGUAGGCAGUAUGAGGUAAAGGACACUUUUUUAUUAUGUUAUUACUAUUUAGACUAUUAGCAUUAAUUAUUACUGCUCUGGUAAUUGAUCAUGAUACUAGACAUGUGCUUGAGGGUUAGGAUAGAAACACAGAGAAGUGAGUCAAGUCCAAGGACGAAAUUCCUACAUCACAAAAGCUAAGGAGAGACUGGUAAUCUCUCCUGUGUGCAUGAGUGAAAGAUAAAUACCUACUUUGUAACAUAAUCUAGCCAGGCCUGCCCUUUUUAUUCAAAUAGGUUCACGAAAGAUCAAACGUCAUAUGACGUGACCCGAAACUCUACAGACGCACAUCAUAUGACAUGACCUGAAGCCUAGUGGUAAUACUUUGUAAUGUUUUGCUUUACUUUUUAAGUUGUAAAAAAGGUUUUAGCCAUUUUACAAAUAAUUUAAUACAAAAUGUAAUACAGUCUCCAGUUUAGUCUAGUAGAAUAUUAUUUGACAAUAAAAUUGAAUGACCAGUCUGCAAAUUGGAUAUUGCACAAUGAACUAUUGUACUAAGGAUGGCAUACAGUAACUGUCAUAACUGUUGUAAAAGUUGGACAAAAUAACCCUUAAAGAAUUUUGAUUUUACUAUUUAUAAAGAAAUAUUCCUAUUACAGCACUUUAAUUAAAAAAAAAGUUAUAAAUGAACAGUGAGGACUACCUGUAAGUAUCUUUGAAUGGAAAUCACGAAAGGAUGUCAAGAAUGUACUUACUUUUUUAUGUCCCCCUCCGGCAUACACAGUCUCGAAGACGCUCUUACAAUAAUUAUUUCUUAUGUACUGCCGUCUUUUCUGCCUUCACUGGCCUAUCAUUCUUUUUAGGCUUGUGAAAAAAUCCCAACAGCUAGCUGUUAUGAGUGCUGUGAUCUAGACCUAAUAUGGUAUAUAUACCUGUAUAAUGUAGUGUGUAACAAAGGUUUAUACUGUAUAGUAUAUGAAGGAAACUCAGUUUGGGACACUACUUUAGAUUUGAGACACUUUAUACCAGACCUUUAGUAGUGCACUUUCUCCCAAUUGUGUCAGUGAAGUUUGCUCUUAAUGUCGUUUUUUCCACGUCUAUUCACUGUUUGUGUCCAGAUCAUAUGACCAUAUCACUACUGUACUAUACUCUAGUGCUCGUCCAUUUCAUACUAACUUACCUAGUCAUCAAAUUUUCUUAUGUGCUGUAAUCUAAUUUUUUAAGUCAAAUUUGAAAAUUUGCCACACACAAGAAGUCCAUAUCAGCUGCCUAUCCUCUUGAAGACAUUCCUCUAUAACAGUCAAGUUUAAUUUUUAUACAGAACUAUGUUCAUUACAUCUUCCUAUCGGCAAACAUUACCAUGAUUAUGUGGCACUUUUUUUGUUAUUUUAUGUUUUUUCUUUUCUUUUUUUAGCAAUUUUGUCAUUCCACUGAAAAUGUCCUGCUCAAACACUUAGUUUUAUCCCUUAAUAUUCUGUCUAUCCAAGCUUAUUUCUCACUGAUUUCCCUUGAAAACAGUCCUACUGAUAAUACAGUUUUUAUUCUGUUGUUUAUAUACAGUACCAAGAAAUUAUUCACAGUAGCAUACAUUUUUGUAAGUCCCAAGUUAUAGUACUAUUACUGUUGUGCAAUAAGUCAUUAGCUAGUUGUGCUCAGUCAUUUACUGCUUGGAAAUGUUGAAAUAUUCUGGUAACAUUAUAUGAUGAGCACUUAGUGCCCCAUUCUAUGCAGUGUGAAGCAAUUUCAGAAUUGAUCUUUUUGGGUUUUUCAGCACAAGAUCCUUUAUAUUUGUUAACUAAAGGAAUAAUAAUAGUUAAUGAAAAAAAGAAAAAAGAAUUCGUAACAGUGAUUAUUUCCCUAUUUAGCAUAAUGCCUUCAGUAACUGCUUUCUAGCUAUGUGAUGACUCCUCAAUACCAUUAUUAGUUUAUAUGGGUUUAGGAGUAGAUAGGGUCACAUACUGGGUCAGUUUUUUGGUUGAACAGUAAUGUAAUAUCAACUGUUAUGGACCUGCCAUUUGGGAAUCCCAGUUUAAUAAUAAAUAAGAACAAAGACUGGA